AUGAGAAGUGACAACCAGAGCUUCUUGGGGGAUCCCCCUAAACACUUCGUCCUUCUGGGUGUUUCAGACAGGCCAUGGCUGGAGCUCUCUCUCUUUGUGGUCCUGCUGGUGUUCUACAUUCUGGCCAUGGCAGGGAACAUUGCCAUCAUCCUGGUGUCCCGGCUGGACCCCCAGCUGCAGAUCCCCAUGUACAUCUUCCUCAGCCACCUGUCCUUCCUGGACCUCUGUUACACGGCCACCACGGUCCCUCAGAUGCUAGUCAACAUGGGCAGCUCCAAAAAGACCAUCAUUUACGGUGGCUGCACAGUGCAGUAUGCAGUUUUCCACUGGCUGGGAUGCACCGAGUGCAUUGUCUUGGCCGCCAUGGCCCUGGACCGCUACGUGGCCAUCUGUGAGCCGCUCCGGUAUGCCGUUAUCAUGCGCCGCACGCUCUGUCAGCAGCUCGUGGCUGUGGCCUGGCUCAGUGGCUUCAGCAACUCCCUCGUCCAGGUAGUCCUGACAGUGCAGCUGCCUUUCUGUGGGCGGCAGGUGCUGAACAACUUCUUCUGUGAGGUGCCGGCCAUGAUCAAGUUGUCGUGUGCCGACACAGCUGUGAACGACGCCACACUGGCCGUGCUGGUGGCCUUCUUUGUGCUGGUCCCCCUGGCUCUCAUCCUUCUCUCCUAUGGCUUCAUCACCCAUGCUGUGCUCAGGAUCCAGUCAUCCAAGGGACAGCGCAAAGCCUUUGGGACCUGUUCCUCCCACUUGGUGGUGGUCUCCCUUUUCUACCUACCUGCCAUCUACAUGUACCUGCAGCCCCCUUCCAGCUACUCCCAAGAGCAGGGCAAGUUCAUUUCCCUCUUCUAUUCCAUAAUCACCCCUACCCUCAACCCCUUCAUCUACACCCUGAAGAAUAAAGACGUGAAGGGAGCUCUGAGAAGACUCCUGGCAAAACUCUGGAGGCUCUUCAGAAGAUGA